CUUUCUACCACGUCCGGCUGCUUGUCUAGGCUGUUGAUCACCUUGCAACCCUUGUAUCUCUGUUUACGUGUUUUUGAAAGCAUGGCAUCGGCAUACUACGAGUUCUAUCGCGGCUCCUCGAUCGGCAUGGCUCUCACGGACUCGCUUGACGAGCUUAUCACAAGCGGUGCAAUCACCCCACAGCUGGCCAUGAAAGUCUUGCAGCAGUUCGACAAGUCCUUGGCGGACAUUAUGGUAAAGCAGGUGAAGACGAAGACGACGCUGAAGGGUCACUUGCACACGUACCGUCUCUGCGACGACGUAUGGACGUUCAUAGUGAAGAACCCGACGUUCAAGAUGGAGUCGAACGAGCAGGUGUCCGCGCCGAAAAUCAAAAUCGUCGCUUGCAAGAACGGAGACGCCAUCGAGGCGGGGAAGAAGUAAAACGGAGUGCCGUCAUCCUUCCUCUUGCCCCCUCUCGCAUCGCCUCUCCCUUCGCGCACAGUGAUCGGAGAACCGUUGAUGCCGGGAUGCGUUAAUGGUCUGCUCAAUUCUUGCGAUGUGUGUCCUGUAUCUGUUUGCAUCUCGUUCUCCCCACGUUCAUGUACUUCUAGGUUCUCCCUCGUCUCUUUGCCGGUAUAGACUACAACCCUCAUGGACAUAAUGAUCUCGUCUGCUCGCUCUGUAUUGGCUGCUUAGUGUGUCAUGUUAUACAUCAUUGCAAUCUGUCGCGUGUUUUCCC